AAAACACAAAGCAAUAAAAUCAGUAGCUUAAACAAGAUGAAGUGUUUAUUUUUGUUAUGUUUGUGUUUGGUUCCCAUUGUGGUGUUUUCAUCAACUUUCACUUCCCAAAAUCUCAUUGACCUACCCAGUGAAUCUCCUCUACCUAAGCCGGUACUUGACACAAAUGGUAAAGAACUCAAUCCUAAUUCGAGUUAUCGCAUUAUUUCCAUUGGUAGGGGUGCCUUAGGUGGUGAUGUGUACCUAGGAAAGUCCCCAAAUUCAGAUGCCCCUUGUCCAGAUGGCGUAUUCCGUUACAAUUCCGAUGUUGGACCUAGCGGUACACCCGUUAGAUUCAUUCCUUUAUCUGGAGCAAAUAUCUUUGAAGAUCAACUGCUCAACAUACAAUUCAAUAUUCCAACAGUGAGAUUGUGUGUUAGUUAUACAAUUUGGAAAGUCGGUAUAAAUGCAUAUCUAAGGACGAUGUUGUUGGAGACGGGAGGAACCAUAGGGCAAGCAGAUAGCACCUAUUUCAAGAUUGUUAAAUCAUCAAACUUUGGUUACAACUUAUUGUAUUGCCCUAUUACGCGCCCCCCUAUUCUUUGUCCAUUUUGUCGUGAUGAUGACUUCUGUGCAAAAGUGGGUGUAGUUAUUCAAAAAGGAAAAAGGCGUUUGGCUCUUGUCAACAAAAAUCCUCUUGAUGUCAACUUCAAGGAAGUCUAGCUAGACUAUAUGUUUUAGCUACUAUGUUAUGUUGUAAAAUAAACACCUGCUAAGGUAUAUCUAUAUAUUUUAGCAUGGCUUUCUAAAUAAAUUAUCUUCUUUA